AUGAUACGCGACAGGCUACCCCAGAGCAUCGACCGGCCAGGGAAGAGAUGCAUCCGUAUUCUACAGCACCCCGUGGAUACUCCUUGCACCUAUACUUUUGGAAUAGAGGCCAUGGCGGAGAUCUGGGAUGGGAAAGCCAUCGGGAAAGGACAGGCCGGCCCGUCGGCAGUUGACCUCGCUCUGCACAUGGGGAUGCGGCCGAGUUAUCCUGGCUAUUGCUUCGAGACCCGUGCGCGUAGAGAUGGUUAUAAACACCCGGGAGAGGACGGACAGUAUUUUCCUCAGGAAAUCGUGCAAGGAGAUGCGCCUUGGGCCCAACUCCCCGAAGUCCUCUUCUCCGGAUUUGACAUUCCCCAAAUGCUUUCAGUCGUCGGGGAAAGGCUGCCGGGACUUGACCUCAAGGUUUCAGACAACGCAGGCUGGUACUUUUGCGAGUUUGAAUUCUUUUCAUCGCUGGCAAACGCUCUACUCAAACACAACUCGAAAAAUGCUCUCUAUCUCCAUGUUCCUCUUCAUCGCGAUGAUGAUGCUAUUUCCACAGGAGCCCGAGUGGCCGUGGAAUUCAUCACCGCGGCGGUAGAGGAACUUGAGGGUGCUGAACCAUAG